AUCAAUCAAUCAAUUCAAACGAAUUUGUGCCGACAGGUAACCGAUUCAUAAUUUUGUUACCGUGAAUAUUAUUUCGAACUUAACUUUUUCGUUAUCAAGUAUUUUCGGUUACUCGUGUGUGUAUCAGUUGUAGUGAUAAAACAUAACAGUGUAUUCAUGUGACAAAGUGACCAUAUUGUUCGACUUCGUAUACAAGGCACUGAGAAGAAAGCGACGGAUGCGACAAGUCAAAUUAAAAUUCAGAAAACUCGCGAGUGCUCUGGUGAUAUGCCGUGAAUUUUGGUGUUAUUUUUCCGUCGGUUGAAAUAUUUCGAAAUCUGUUUAAAUUCUAGUUGUUAGAAAGAUAUGUGAGUGCGUGAUUUUUUAAAUUAAUUUUCACUUAUCAAAUUCCGUUCGAUAAUGCUCAAAUUUCAGUAUCGUGUUAAUAGUGGUUAAUCAGAAGGUUCCUUACAAUGGCUAGUGAUUUAAUUAGUGUAAUUCUUCCACGAAGUGAAUUGACCCGUGAAUUUACAAAUUUAUCAUAGUUUUUUUUUAUAAAAUGAAUUGAUCUACAAAGGAAUUGAGAAUAGCGCCAUCUGUCGUCCAGUAGCUGCAAUGUGUAUAUGAUAAAAUGGAGGCCGGUUUCAUACCGGUAGCCACGAGCGGCAACGCUGGAAAUAAUGCGUUGCCGCCUGCAGUGGUGGCGCCACAAGUAAAUGUGGUACGAGCUCCGGGGCUGAAGCGCGGGAAAAUGGAAGAAGCGAUUUCUGAUCGAAUCAAAUUGGAGACGGUGUUCGGGCUGACGGUGAGCAGCAACGCGGCUCUCGAUUGCGAUCCCAACACUGAAGUAGUCGCAUAUCCCGCAGGAUGUACGGUGGUAUUGUACAACGUGCGCAAGAACCGACAGUCGCACGUGCUGAAUGCGUCGCGAAAGAGCGUCACAUGCGUCGCCUUUUCGCCGGACGGCCGCUACCUCGCCACAGGGGAGUGCGGACACGCGCCCGCCGUCAGGGUAUGGGAUCUGCAGGAUCCUUCAGCGUCAGGAGCAGUGCAGAUCGCGGAGUUCCCCGGACACACGCAUGGCGUUAAUUGUGUCGCAUUUUCUACAUCGUCCAAGUAUCUAGUCUCGGUUGGUUCCCAACAUGACAUGAUAGUCAAUGUCUGGGACUGGCGUGCCAACCUCAAACUUGCUAGUAAUAAGGUGUCAUCUCGAGUGAAAGCGGUUAGUUUCUCAGAGAGUGGCAACUAUUUCGUGACAGUGGGCUUCAGACAUGUCAAAUUUUGGUAUCUGGAAUAUUCACGAAAUGCCAAGUUCAAGGAGCCAGUGCCCCUCAUGGGUCGGUCAGCGAUCCUUGGCGAGCAGAAGGACAACGAGUUCUGUGACGUGGUGUGCGGGCGCGGGGAGGCGGCCGACAGUACCUACGCCAUCACACGCGGCGGUCUGCUCUGCGAGUUCAACAGCAGACGAUUGCUUGAUAAAUGGGUUGAGUUGAGGACAACGUCAGCCAAUUGUAUGGCGAUUGGCGCAAAUUACAUCUUCGUGGGGUGUGCGGAGGGCAUCGUGCGGUGCUUCGCGCCUGACUCACUGCGCUACGUCACCACGCUGCCUCGCACACACUACCUCGGGGUUGACGUCGCACAGGGAGUUAACAUCAACCACAUGUUCACGCAGCCGGGUAACGCGCGCUAUCCAGACGCGAUCGCGCUCACGUACGACGAGCGCAACCACAAGCUCACCUGCGUCUACAAUGACCACAGCCUCUACGUGUGGGACGUGCGCGACAUCAAGCGGGUUGGCAAGUCACACUCAGCGCUGUACCACUCAGCGUGCAUCUGGGGCGUGGACAUGGUGUGCGGAGGCGGGGCUGAGACGGGCCUGCCCCCCGGCCGCUUCCUCACCUGCUCCAGUGACGACACCGUACGCGUGUGGAGCUUGCAGCCCACCGGACCUAAUAUAUACAGCAAUGAAUUAAAUAAAAUAGUGUACAUAGACCCGGAGUUGAAGUUUCUCAAGGAUGUCGACCUGACAGCCACCAGCGAUAGAGACAAGUCGAAGAGCUAUGAUGAUAAAAUUGGUGUCAGAUGUGUGCGCGUGUCACCGUGCGGGCGGCACGUAGCGGCGGGUGACCGCGCGGGCAACGUGUGGAUCCACUCAUCAGAGGGCGCGCCGCUGCACACGCUGGAGGCGCACGACGCUGAAGUCCUCUGCCUCGAGUACUCCGCCAAGCCAAGGUUGCUCGCCUCCGCCUCCAGGGACCGCCUGGUCCAUGUCUUCCUGGUCGACCGGGGCUAUCAGAUCCUGCAGACGUUGGACGAGCACUCGUCCUCUAUCACAGCAGUAAGGUUCCUGAGCUCCAGCGCCGGCCUGCAGAUGGUGUCCUGUGGAGCUGAUAAGACCAUACUCUUCAGGCAACUUAAAACUACUCAGGACGGCAGUUACCAGUUUGCGCGAGGUCAAAACGUGUCGGGUCGGACUACGUUAUACGACAUGGAGGUCGAUGCAGGCGGCCGACAUAUACUUACCGCUUGUCAGGAUCGUAACGUGCGAGUGUACAGCGCGGCACACGGCAGACAUACGAAGACAUUUAGAGGUACCACAGCUGAAGAUGGUACUCUUAUCAAGGUUGCAUUGGAUAGCAGUGGCAUAUACCUGGCCACUUCCAGCACGGAUAAAAUUCUCAGCGUCUACGAUUACUACUCGGGCGAGUGUAUGGCAACUAUGUAUGGACAUUCAGAAAUUGUUACCGGAUUAAGGUUUACCCCGGAUUGCCAGCACCUGGUGUCGGCGAGUGGUGACGGAUGUAUAUUCGUGUGGCGCGUGCCGCACGACAUGGUGGUCACCAUGCGCGCACGACUCGCCCAGCAGGCGAUACGGCAGGGCAGGAAAGUGCCAGUGGGCAGUAACGGUGCGUCGGGCCUGGACAGCGAAACGGACUCUCAACUGGGCUCUCCGCCGCGCGACAUUCCUGACACUACCAAGUUCGGCACACCUGUUGUAGCUGACUACACCUUAAGGAUAGGCAAGCUUCCGUCGUGGGCUAAGAAAAGUCUAGGAGACGAGCUGGCAGCGCCAGGGGGCGGGGCUCCGCCCGCCACGCCCGCCGCCACUCCCCCCGCGCCCCCCGCACGCGGCAAGUGGGCCACCAGGAUACAGCCCGCUAACGAGAAACGAGUGGAUUCAGACGGUUCAAAAGAUAGUUCAUUAGACAGUGGAACUGAUACAAGGUAUAUCGAGAAGAGAAGAGACCAAAAUGUUAAACAGCGGCCGAAAUCCCUCAACCUGUCUCAGCUGCCGCGAGUCGAGGCUCUGUUCCGUCAUUUUGACGCAACUAUGAAAGCGACUUGCGACAUUUUGACAAUUUCUCCAAGAGUCGAGAAGGUAACGUUAAAUCUAUCCAAGUCGCGAGCUGACGGUCGCACGCGACACCACACUGACGACUCGUCGCUCGGAAGUUUUAAAUACGAGGACCAAGAGUCGACAGAGCAUGACGGUGAUAUAGAAGACAUAUCGGACGGAGAGAGAACUUCGUCAUCCGAGAGCCGGAACAGGCCCACAUAUUAUCCUGGCAACAACGAUGAUGACACACCUGGUGAGUUCAUGGUGAACGCGAUGGACGCGGAGGAGCUGCGGCAGUCAGUGCGGCGCUCGAAGCGAUGGCGCGCGCAGUCGCCACGCCUCGACCUGCCGCCCGCCGCCUCGCUCAGCGGCUCCGGACACGAUUCUGAUGAUGACGAGGUUUCAACGCCAUCUGGCGACAACGCGGACCGCAACCCGCUGUCGGGUUCGUGCGAGUCCAUAGACACCGCGGGCCGACGCGAGAAGUACCUCAAGUCCGCAUUCGACAGCCUCAGUGGCGUUGAGCUGGACUCCACGCUCACUGGAGGUGAUGCUCGCAAACAAGAUUGCAACAACUCGCUGUCGGCGCAGCACCUGUCCCGCACGCCGGCCGCACGCCCCGACCCCGAGGCCGCGCGCCGCCGCGAGGAGCUGCAGCGCAGGAUUCUCGAGACCAGGCGACAGCUUGAGAACGUGGCCUUUCGGUCAAAUCUCAAAUCGAGUCAGUCCACUACGGAUUUGUCCUACAUACCAGAAAAGGAUAAUUCUCGUCGGAACAGACCUGUCUCGAUGGCCGUGCCCAACAACUCUCGACCUUAUGCGAGCCGAACACAUCUCUCGCCGCCGGAGCGCGAGGAAGAGGCGGGCGGCAUGAGAAGGGCGAUAUCCCUCUCCGACCUCGCAAAGCCAGUGCCGGCGCCGCGCACGCCGCAAGCACCGGUGAAGUCGACUCCGCCGACGAGCGCGAACUCGAGCAAGUCUCCGAGCGGGUUCGUGCGCCCGGCGCCGAGGUACAACAGCAAGUCCAGUAUGACGAGGAGCUCCAGUGUCGGUGUACUCAAUCAGAGUGAUUCAGAGUCGGACCCACAGCCGUCGCGGCAGGCGGCGUCACGCGUGCAAGGUCUCAUGCGACCCACCAUCAGCUCCAUGAACAAGGCCACCGCGAACACUGCGCGAAGGAGAGGACUCGUCAACUCUUAUAGUACUGCGAGUGUGUCGACGGUGGCGCGCGAGGAGUCCAGUUCGGAGGCGGAGGACAGAGGCACUAGUGAGCCGCCCGUCGCCGCGCCCCGCCCUCGCGCCGCCUCCGCUGACAGGGCGCAGCGGAGACUUGUUGGUCGCAGUGGCAGCGAGCGCGACUUGUCAGCGAAGGCGCGCGAGGUGACCGCCCGACUGACCACCAACACGCGGCAGCGCAGCAAACCUGAACCCCCACCUGAAAAUAACUUAUCGCCGUCUCAGCUGUGCCUGGCGCUGACGGACCAGCUGACGAAGACUGCGGGCAAAGUUGUGCAUCUCUACCGCCGUUUGCAGCGCGACCCGAGCGCCGCCGCAGACAUCAGUGGUUUAGAAGCAGCGAUACUGGAGACGCAGAAGGUGCUGCGUGGAGCUGUGUUGCGCGCGCAGAACGGUGAAGCACCCAGCAGCUUGUCUUCUACUGAUGGUGAUUGCCGCGCGCUGAAUGUGGACUCCACGCGACAGAAGCUGGAGAACCUCGUGUCCAAAGAAGCGAGCGUAGCGGGCAACCCGGCGAUGUCUCUCAUCGAGCAGUACUCCGAUAUCCUGCUGAACAUGAUGCAGAGUAAGAUGGUGAACCAGUUCUCUCAGAGCCCGCAGAGCCUGCCGCCCGCCACCAGAGAACCCGGCGCCGAUAGCUAGUAUAGAAAAAGACUUGAGUGAGAUAUAACGCUAUCAAGUUACGAAGUGUGUUAUAACCGAGUUACCCAUAUGGAUCUAAUGAACAAUUUGAAUUAGUCGAGUUAACGACUGAUCAGAAGUGCUUAAAAUCCGAGUUAACACGACCAAGUUAUGAAGUGCGUUAAAACCGAGUUAAUCAUACGGAUCUCGUGUACAAUUUCAAUUAGUCGAGUCAACGGGAAGUUUACGAAGUGUGGCAAAAGCUUAUCCGUACGAAACCCGUGUAAAGGUUUAAUUAGUUGAGUUAGCACAACGACGACAAGAAAUGCGUCAUAAUCGAGUAACCCGUACGGAUAUUGUGUACAGUUUCAAUAAGUCGAGUUAACUUAAUCGAUUCGCUUUUCGACUUUGUGUUAUAAAUAACUCUUGUAUACUCUUGAAUUUUAAAAUGUGUAUGUAGUUGUGAUCGUGUAAGAUACUAAAUAGAAUUCGAGAUAAUUAUAUUUUAAGUAAAAUAACGAAAUUAAUUAAGCAUUAAUUAACUGAUCUUAAUUGUGCCCAAAACAAAAUAUGAAACUGGAUACCAAAAUAACUGUUUUUGCUUACUAUAGAAAAAUGUCUAUAAAUAUACAUGAAAACUGUGGUUAUUUCCCUCACAAUUAUGUUACAUUUCAACAUCUAUCAGAAUAAGCCUAUAAUAAUAAACAAUAAUUCAAAUUAAACCAUUCCUAAAAGAUCUUUGGUUACUGUGAAAUGUUUGAUAUGUAUAUUUCUUGUUUAAUUGGUCCUGUUUAUGCUAAAGAAUUAACAAUGUCUUAAAGUAUGUAACUGAAAAAAGAUUGAGGUUGUAUAUGUCUAAAACAGUUUGAUUAAAGUAAGAAAUCAUAUCAUUUUAAUGUCUCCAUAUAUUUGUGUAUGUAAAAUAAUGAAACUUUUCUGUUUUCAAUGAUUUAUUUUAAUAUAUCAGCAUUUAAAGGGAACAUAGUCGUCAUUUUACCGAAAUACAUAUAUAUGUAAAUUUAAUAUUAGAACAUAUAUGUUUGUGUAUAUCAUAUGUGUAAUUUCUAUUAUUGCAUAUGUUUUAAUGUGUAAAGAAACAAUACUAUAGCUUCUAUUUGUAUUCUAUCAUCAUCAGCUCACUAUAUGUCCCCACCGAGGUGCUCGGAGCCUCUAAGUUAGGGGUGACUAAG